AUGAGCAACGCAGUCACUCCCACUGAAUGGUCACCGUUCGCGGUGCUGGUUACCGGCGUUGCGGUCUUGGCGCUGCUUCGCGGGCUGUACCUCGUGGUGUACAGGCUGCACCUUAGUCCACUGGCUCAAUUCCCUGGGCCUAAACUCGCGGCGCUGUCAAGCUGGUACGAGGCGUAUUAUGACCUGAUCAACAAGGGCCACGGCGGCCAAUUAGUCUUCCAGAUCAAGCGGCUGCACGAGCGGUACGGCCCCCUCGUGCAGGUCGGGCCGAACGAGGUCCACAUCGAUAAUCCGGAUUACUAUACCGAGAUAUACAGCAUGGCAUCACCCUCCAAACCCAUCGAUAAACUACACCACCGCAUCCGCCGGGCGGCCAUCGCUCCUUUUUUCUCGCGUGCCCGCAUCAGCGCUUUGGAGGGCACGCUGACGGACGUCAUUGAGCGCAUUUCGCGCCGGCUAGCGCGCGAGUACGCCGGAUCUGGGGCCGUGACCAAUGUAUGCGACAUGUGGGGGACACUGACGGCCGAUGUUGUCUCGGAAAUGGCCUUUGCUCGCUUGACGCGCUUCGCCGCCGCCCCGGACUUCUAG